GCUCUGCAAUCCGUUCUCUCUGGAUGGCAGCCGGGCAACGAACUGCGGGAUGCACUUCAAGCGGUGGGCAAGAAACUCGAGGCAGCAACCGAAACCGCAGACGAAGCGUUGAAAGACGUGCUUUUCGAUUUGGCGGCAGCGUUGCAUGCCGGAUCUCGACUUUUCAUCUCUCAGCCUGCCGCAAACAGGCCUGCUGUCAAUGACAACCAGCAAUCCCUCUUUCAGCAGAUCGAACGAUCCGUUUCGCGGGUCCCAGUCAAGGAGCAGCAGGCAUACCUCCGCGAACUUGCCAAGCGUUACCAUCCAGAUAGGAACCCUGGGAGGGAAGUGGAAGUCCUCCCAGCCUUCUUGCAUGUGCAGUACCUUCGCAACUUGUUCCGACAAUGGAAUUAA